AUUUUACUAACGUUAAUCACUGGCCUGCUGUUGUUAAAUAAAAUUUAAUUCAUAUUAUCCUCAAGAUAAUAAUUAACCACUUCCACAUAGCGAGUUGUUUUAUUAAGAUAAAAAAUAUUUAUAAAAAUAAAUUCAUUCCUCACACUGAGAUAUAUUUUUGUACAUCUCUCGUUUGACACAUGAUAGUUCAGUUCAUCAAAUGUAAACAAACUUUAAAGUUAAGUUCGAUUUGUGCUACACAGCAAGAUUUAGGUAUUACAACAAGGUACGAGUAUCAUCGAAGUCCAGUAACACCUACGCAACGCAAAAAACCUAUGAAGUGUACUACGGAAAAUACGUACAUGUUUGCACUUUAACAUCGCGUCAAAGUCCUAACCUGCAACGAUGAAUACAAGGAAAAGGAGUGGUUCCUGGUCGAAAAAGCAGCUAAAGGGCAAAGUGGUGCAAAUAUACGAAUCGUUACUAAAGGGAGAGGAAUUGGCCAAGAAUAACCCAACGUUUUGGGAUGAAUUGUUCCUGAUCAAGCCGAAAUUAUGGCACCUGGAAACAGAACUAACACGAUUAACACCAGAGCAGCUUACAAUUGCCAAAGAAAACAUCAAUGCUUUAUUCAUUCAGUGCAUUGAAUCACUCAGCCAUGAGAAGCACAUCAGGAUUGUGAUUGCCAUGCAGACACUAUGUGUAUUGGUACACUCCAUCUAUAAGAAAACUAGCAGUGAGCCAGGGUUUGAUGUAAUCAGCUUGUUGAUGGGAGUUCAAAAUGCAGAGGAAAAGAUGCAGAAACUACUUAAUCAUUGUCAAUUCUUUUUGGCUGGUGAAUAUCCUGACAGUCUAAAAGGUCUCUGCCUAAAACUACUCUUGGUAUUUGUCACUGGUACUGAGAAUGUUAACCAAAAUACUCUCAUUGAGUACAUCAUGAUGGCACCUUUGUUUGAAAGUUUAAUUCAGUUGCUCUGCGAAGCUACACAGAGACAAACUCAUGGUCAUGAUGUUGUCCUCUUAUUAACCUUACUUGUGAAUUACAGAAAACAUGAGUCUGCAAAUCCAUACAUUGUCAAAUUGUCAAUUAUUGAUGACGAAUUAGCACUGAAUGGUUAUGGGCAAGUGAUCACUGCAUCACUGACAGAAUUCUGUAAACAGUUUGUUAAUCAACAAGCUGAGACACAAAAUUCUUCCUGGUUGUCAACUCUGUCGACGUUUACAACUCGCGUAGGUAGUAUGUUUAUUUCUGAAGAGGAAGGCAUGCGAAAUCAGAAGAUCAAGGCAAAUAAUGCUUUAUUACUUGCGUUGUACGAAGCGAUUCAUUUAAAUCGUAACUUUAUAACGACGUUGGCCCAAAUGCAGACUGAUACAAGUUCGCCGCCAUCGCCGAGCAAUACUUUGAAUUCAGGGCCAACGCCUGAUUUGUCUAGCGUGCCUGUUAUUGAUGUAAAUGCGCAACCAUCGAAUUUAUUGGUCACGUUCUUCCAGUAUUGCUCCAUUGUGAUGCAAGAUACAAAGACAGAUUCCGGUACUAAUACAGUCAAGUUGUGUUUUAUCAUUUUGAGUUGCAUUGCUGAAGAUCAGUAUGCAAAUUCAUUGAUGCAUGAUGUAAGUCUUACUUUCAAAGUACAACUGCACAGAAUGCCGAUGCGACAUCAGAAACCUAAUACAAAGGCCCCAUCACCACAGCCACUUGUUGCUAUCUUACUAGAUUUGCUUGUGGAAUUCAUCGUCAGCCACAAAAUGAAGAAACUGCCUUUAGAGUUAUACAUGUUAGCAAUCGGUAUAAUCCACAGGCUUUUAGUAUACCAAAAACGUUGUCGCGUGCGGAUAAAUUACAAAUGGAUUGAUUUGUGGGAAAGCCUCACGUCGCUUAUUAAGUAUCUCAUUCAAAAUGAAAGCACGCUAACGAAAAAAAUGAACAUUUUUGAUCUUUGUCUACGCAUUGUCAAUAUUUUGAACUUUUUCAUUACUUACGGUGAUACAUUUUUGCCAACGCCUGGCAGCUACGAUGAACUUUACUAUGAAUUGAUCCGGAAUUCCGAUAUUUUCACUAAUUUAGACGCGAUGUGUUUGAGAUAUGAGACAAUGGAUAAUGAGUUCAAAGAGAACGCACAGAAACUCAACAAUAGUUUGAUUAAUAUCCGAGCGAUUAGUAAACACUUUGAGCCGAAAAUUAAAGAAUGGCUUGCGUCGCAACACUUGUCAACUCCGUCCGAGGAACAAAUCUUGGAUGUAGUAAAAGCUAACUAUGGAAGUUUGCUUCUCAAGUUGCAUGAUUCGUUGGAGCAAUACGAGCGCUAUUCGGAGAACCCGAACCAUUUGAAUUUCUUUACGGCGAUGGUGACUAGUGUCGUGUGCAAUUCAAAACUGGACUCCUCUACCAUUGAUACCGAUGCUAUUUUGGAGGAGCUGACUGCACCCGUCUUGUAAUUUAGUUUGGACACAGUACUGAUUUGUAUAGAGAUUGGUUUUGAGGUAAUAAUCUAUUUUAACAUUGCGAAUGUUGCAAAAAAAUAUUAUUCAUAAUAAAGUUUAUUUAACUAA